UGCCAAAUAAAGCCAAGCAGAAAAACAUCAGGAGCGCGGUGCUGCAGACACAGCACAUGUGGUCCUCCUGCCUGCGGACACCACCCGAGAAACAACCCCCGAGCUCGGUUAACACUAAAGAAAAGCUGUCACGGAUAGCUUGCCAUAAACGAAACGUCUUGUGAAGGCUGUCCGAGAGCUUUAAACUGCAUUGAGGCAUUUUGAACAACAAUUGUGUUGACUCCAUCAAGCCAGAAGCUAGCAUGUCGACAAAUGAAGUUAAAAGCUGCCCCAUCCCCACUCGGGUGCUCACCCUGAAGGACUGGUCCCAGCUCCCCGACUGCUACAGCCAGACUCCCGGUGGCACUUUGUUCUCCACUACGCCCGGAGGUACCCGCAUCAUCUAUGACAGGAAGUUUUUGUUGGAUUGCAGAAACUCUCCUCUCUCUCGCACCCCACCAUGUCUCCCCCAGAUCCCGGGGGUAACGUGCCCUGCAACUCACACUGUGAGCAAGCUGCAGGAUGUCAAAGAGGAGGUGGAAGAGGAAGAGAAGGACAUUGCAGAUGACAACCAGUUUGAGAUGGACAUCUGAGCUCCAGUUUUACCUCCUGUGGAGAGCUAUCACUCAAAACACCUCCAUGGUCAGUACUGACCGUAAAGCAUUGCAAUAAAGUUUUAUUUUAUUUUUUAUUUUAUUUUUUAAACAAAGGCUGUGGAACCAAAAAUAAUCUUAGAAAAGUAGGGUGUUUUUGACCCUAAGAAGGGUGUUUUGCUAGACAUGGUACCAAAUGGGUUAAUUGCUCACUUGAGCUUUAGCAGGAUUUGAAAAUAAAAAUCAACUUUGAUUUAACUUUUUAUAUCUUUUGUAUAUAUUACAAUGUACUAUGUAGCUUAUUUUUAAGUUGGCAAAUAAAGAUGAUUACAUUGCUAGAUGUAAAGUCAUCUUUUUCACUGCAGGGUUGUUUUUUAUUUUUAUUUUUUACCCUUUGCUUAAAAGGCACUGCAAUUACCACCAAAGUGUCUCGUUUUUUGGGGCAGACUAAAACUGCUCAGGCUGUUUUUUUAAUGGAGAAAGGGAUUAAAUGUGAAUAAUUGAAAAUAAAGGCUGUUCAAAAUGUG